AAAAAAACACAUUCCUACUCAAAAUUCAAAAACCUCUACAUUUGCACAAUGAGUGAUUAUAAUUUCAAGCACAUCGCCAUCAUCUUUAUUCUCAUAUCAAUUUUCAUCCCUCGAGUUUUAUCAGUAGUAGAAGAUUGUGGAGCGCAAGAAGAUAACUCAUGUGUCAACAAAUCCAAAGCGUUACCCUUAAAAAUCAUAGCCAUAGUCUCCAUCCUUAUCACUAGUAUGAUCGGAGUUUGUCUUCCACUAGUCACACGUUCUAUCCCGGCCCUAAGCCCGGAAAGAAACCUUUUUGUGAUAGUCAAGGCAUUUGCUGCCGGAAUUAUAUUGGCUACGGGGUUUAUGCACGUGCUUCCUGACUCAUUCGACAUGUUGUCAUCGAGUUGCCUUAAGGAGAAUCCAUGGCACAAAUUCCCCUUCACUGGAUUUGUUGCUAUGUUGUCCGCUAUAGUUACAAUGGCUAUUGACUCUAUAGCAACUAGUAUGUAUAGCAAAAAACAUAGAGCUGGUUUGGUUAAUCCAGAAACUGGUGGUGCUGAUCAAGAAAUGGGUGCAGUAAAUGGUGGACAUUCACAUCAUCAUCAUGGAUCACUUUCCACUAAAGACGGAGUUGAAGGCACUAAAUUACUACGAUAUAGAGUCAUCGCUAUGGUGUUAGAGCUGGGAAUCAUAGUUCACUCAAUAGUAAUAGGAAUUUCACUUGGAGCUUCAAACAAUACAUGUACAAUUAAAGGAUUAGUUGCUGCACUUUGCUUUCAUCAAAUGUUUGAAGGAAUGGGACUUGGUGGUUGCAUUCUCCAGGCUGAGUACAAGUUUUUGAAGAAGACACUAAUGGCAUUUUUCUUCGCAGUAACAACUCCAUUUGGUAUAGCACUUGGUAUGGCAUUGUCAACUACUUAUGAGGAAACUAGCCCACGGGCGUUAAUAACUGUUGGAUUACUGAAUGCAUCAUCUGCUGGGCUUUUGAUUUAUAUGGCUUUGGUUGAUCUUCUUGCUGCUGAUUUUAUGGGUGACAAAUUACAAGGCAGUGUCAAACUACAAAUUAAGUCUUACAUGGCUGUUCUUUUAGGUGCUGGUGGAAUGUCUCUCAUGGCCAAAUGGGCCUAGCUUUGUUUUUUCAUAUGAGUCUGUGAAAUACCUCCUUUAUUGAAUUGCAAAAUUGUAAUCGUGUAUACUUUUCAAUUUCGUGGUUAAAUUUGAACUGCUAUGUAUUUCCCUC